ACUAAAAGUAAUCGAACAUGACGUAGAACACAAAAUCAAAAUGCUGAUGCGAUAGUAUUGAAUAUUCGCAGUAUCUUCACGUCAUUCCCGCAGGAUAUUCACAUAAUGUUUGAAAAUACGCAAAUGUGGUUGCCUGUUGUGAUUUUAUACCUUUUGGAACAGAAUGUUUUUGCAAUAGAUAAUAAACGCCUUAACAUCUUGUACUUAAUUGCGGAUGAUUUAAGACCAAGUUUAGGCUGCUACUCUGAUCCAGUGGUCAAGUCACCGAACAUUGAUCAACUUGCAUCUAUGAGCACAGUGUUUUAUAACGCAUAUGCACAGCAAGCUGUCUGUGGACCAAGUAGGGUGUCUUUCCUAACAAGCAGAAGGCCAGACACCACAAAGCUGUAUGAUUUCAAUUCCUACUGGAGAGUUCAUGCAGGAAACUACACUACACUUCCCCAAUACUUCAAGUCUAAUGGAUACACCACUUUAUCAGUGGGCAAAGUUUUCCAUCCAGGCAUUGCCUCCAACCACACGGAUGAUUACCCGUACAGCUGGUCUGUACCGCCAUAUCAUCCACCCUCUUUUAAAUAUGAAAAGAGGAAGGUUUGUAAAAACAAAGAUGGCACAUUGCACAGUAAUUUGCUGUGUCCAGUGGAUGUGUCAGAGAUGCCUUUAGGAACUCUUCCUGAUAUGGAGAAUACAGCAGAGGCCAUACGACUGCUGGAGUCUAUGAAAGGCUCUACAAAUCCAUUCUUCCUGGCAGUAGGCUUCUAUAAGCCACAUAUUCCUUUCAGAAUCCCACGGGAGUAUCUAAAGCUCUAUCCUGUUGAAAGCAUGACACUGGCUCCAGACCCUGAUGUUCCUAAGAAGCUUCCCAAUGUGGCAUACAACCCUUGGACUGACAUCCGCAAAAGGGAAGAUGUCAAGGCGUUAAAUCUGAGCUUUCCGUAUGGCCCCAUUCCUAAAGAUUUUCAGUUGCAGAUUCGACAACACUACUUUGCCUCUGUGUCAUACAUGGAUGCUCAAGUUGGAAACAUUUUGCAUGCCCUUGAUGAUCUCGGCCUUACCAAUGACACCAUCAUAGUGUUCAGCUCAGAUCACGGUUGGUCAUUAGGGGAACAUGGUGAGUGGGCCAAAUACAGCAACUUUGAUGUGGCCACCCGAGUGCCAUUGAUCGUGUAUAAGCCAGGUGUGACCUCAUCUUUCCCUCGGCCUGGGGAGAAGAUAUUCCCCUUCAUCGAUGUGUUUCAGAGCACACAGGGGCAUUUUGGCAAAGGUCAUGUGGUCGAGAGUGUGGUGGAACUUGUCGAUAUAUUCCCCACGCUGUCAAACCUGGCAGGGCUGCGUCCAGUCCGCCACUGUCCCUCUCAAUCCUUUAAGAUCGAGCUGUGCACGGAGGGCUCCAACCUGGCCUAUCUAAUCUGUUACCGACAUGGAGAGCUCAACAGAGAGGCCUACUCAUUCAGCCAGUACCCUCGACCAUCUGACUCUAUCCAAGAGAACUCUGACCUGCCUGACCUAGCCGACAUCCGCAUCAUGGGAUACUCCAUUCGCUCCACUGACUAUCGGUUCACCUUAUGGGUGGGCUUCGACCCCCUCCACUGUCAACCUAACAUGACAGACUUCCAUGCAGGUGAGCUAUACCUCUUGGCUGAAGACCCAGGACAGGACAAUAAUUUGUUUGACGAAAUUGACAAUGCAAAGGUAUUGUAUAAGCUUGGAAUGCUUCCGUCAUGGUCAGAGAGCUUAAAGCAACAUAUAUUGUAUCUCAACAAUGGUUUAAAAGGAUUCUUUGAUUAGUUUGUCAUAAUAUGGCCGUCAAGGGAAAGUUCUGUUGUAUUUCAAGGAAUGUUAAAUAGCCUUUAAGGUCAGUGUAGGUCACUAAGGUAAAUUAUAGAAGCCUGAUUUGUACUUAGAGAUGAAUUUGUCCUAUUUUAAUUAUUACGGUUCCUUUAAAAAGUACCUUCAAACGUUGUAAUUUCACUCUCGAAUUGUUACAACAACAGAAAGAUGUUUGGACUGUUUUGACCCAUUUUUCUUCUAAAGCUGUCCAACAUCUUGAUGGAAUAAAAAGUGAAUUUUCUCACUUGAUUCUGAUUGGUCAAUCAUGGCAUUUUGCAGUCAAAUACUUUUGUUUAAUGACUGCUGAACUGUGUAAUUGACAAUUGUCCCAGAAAGCAAUUUCUUGGCUAGUUUUAUGUUGUUUGAACAUUUUUGUGUUUUCAUUCUUCUCGCAUAAUAAAAUAAUUACUAUUUUAUGUCCAUUUAUGUAUUCAAUUUACACUUUGCAUCCACGUCCUGAUCCCCCUGAUCAUUAUUUUGAGAUAAUUACCAACUUGACCAACUGUAUAUAAAUAUCAUCUGUAUUUACAGUACAUACAUAUGAUAAUAUUAUAUAGGUAAUGAGAAACAAAAUUCUCUGGUCUGAUGAAACAAAUAUUGAAAUCUUUGGCCUGAAUGGCAAGCAUCAAGUCUGGAGGAAACCAGGCACCGCUCAUCACCUGGCCAAUACCAUUCCUACAGUGAAGCAUGGUUGUGGCAGCAUCAUGCCGUGGGGAUGUUUUUCAGCGGCAGGAACUGGGAGACUAGUCAGGAUCGAGGGAAAGAUGAAUGCAGCAAUGUACAGAAAUAUCAAUGAUGAAAACCUGCUCCAGAGCGCUCUGGACCUCAGACUGGAGUGAAGGUUCAUCUUCCAACAGGACACGACCCUAAGAACACAGCCAACAUAACAAAGGAGUGGCUACAGGACAACUCUGUGAAUGUCCUUGAAUGGCCAGAUCCCAGACUUGAACCUGAUUGAACAUCUCUGGAGAGAUCUGAAAAUGGCUGUGCACCGACGCUCCCCAUUCAACCUGAUGGAGAUUGAGAGGUCCUACAAAGAAGAAUGGUAGAAACUGCCCAAAAAUAGGUGUGCCAAGCUUGUAGCAUCAUACACAAAAAGACUUGAUGCUGUAAUUGUGCCAAAGGUGCUUCAACAAAGUAUUGAGCAAAGGCUGUGAAUACUUAUGUAAACGUGAUUUUCUUUUAUUUUUUUUAUUUGUAAUACAUUUGCAAAGAUUUCAAACAAACUUCUUUCACGUUGUCAUUAAGGGGUGUUGUUUUUAGAAUUUUUAGGAAAAUAAUGAGUUUAAUCCAUUUUGGAAUAAGGCUGUAACAUAACAAAAUGUGGAAAAAGUGAAGUGCUGUGAA